AUGGCUAUGCUGUACCGUUCCCCUUCACUGCAGAGCAACGAGCUCCUGGCGCUGUUCGGACGAGAACCGGAACCUUACAGGAGAAGAGACCGGGGUCAUGAGGUGAGGAGACAACAAGUUCAAACUUAUGGGGUAAUACUACAAAGCAGGUUCAGUGAGUUAGCCAGCUAACUUGCCUCAAUGUUCAGAAACACUGUAAUUAUUGGGACAGUGAAGCAUUUAUUUUUAUUUUUUUUGGCUCUAUACUCCAAAGGUUUGGAUUUGAAAUCAAACAAUGACUACGAGGUUAAAGUGCAGACUGUCAGCUUUAAUUUUAGGGUAUUUUCAUCCAUAUCGGGUGAACCGUUACAGCACUUUUUGUACAUAGUCCCCCCCCAUUUUAGGGGAGCAAAAGUACUUGGACAAAUUCACUUAUAUGUGUAUUAAAGUAGUCAAGAGUUUAGUAUUUAGUCUCAUAUUCAGAGCACACAAUGACCUCAUCAAGUUUGUGACUCCGCAAAUUUGUUGGAUGAAUUUGCUCUUUGUUUUGGCUGUGUUUCAGAUUAUUUUGUGCCCAAAAGAAAUGAAUGGUAAAUUAUGUAGUGUGUCAUUUUGGAGUCACUUUUAUUGUAAAUAAGAAUAGAAUAUGUUUCUAAACUCUUCUAGAUGAAUGUGGAUGCUACCAUGAUUACAGAUAAUCCUGAAUGAAUCAUGAAUAAUGAUGAGUGAGAAAGUUACAAACGCACAAAUAUCAUACCCCCCAGACAUGCUAACCUCUUACCAUUACAAUAACAGGGGAGGUUAGCGUUUUGGUGGGGGGGGGUAUGAUAUACAUACUGAACAAAAAUAUAAGCACAACAUGUAAAGUGUUGGUCCCAUUUUUCAUGAGCUGAAAUAGAUCCCAGAAAUGUUCCAUACGCAUAAAAAGCUUAUUUCUCUCAAAUGUUGUGCACAAAUUUGUUUACAUCCCUGUUAGUGAGCAUUUUUCCUUUGCCAAGAUAAUCCAUUCCACCUGACAGGUGUGGCAUAUCAAGAAGCUGAUUAAACAGCAUGAUCGUUACACAAGUGCACCUUGUGCUGGGGACAAUAAAAGGCCAAUAAUAUGUGCAGUUUUGUCACACAACACAAUGCCACAGAUGUCUCAAGUUUUGAGGGAACGUGCAACUGGCAUGCUGACUGCAGGAAUGUUCACCAGAGCUGUUGCCAGAGUAUUGAAUGUUCAUUUCUCUACCAUAAGCCACCUCCAAUGUUGUUUUAGACAAUUUGGCAGUACAUCCAACCGGCCUCACAACCGCAGACCACGUGUAACCACGCCAGCCCAGCACCUCCACAUCCGGCUUCUUAACCUGCGGGAUCGUCUGAGACCAGCCACCCAGACAGCUGAUGAAACUGUGGGUUUGCACAACCGAUUAAUUUCUGCACAAACUGUCAGAAACCGUCUCAAGGAAGCUCAUCUGCGUGCGGGUCGUCCUCACCAGGGUCCUGACUGCAGUUCGGUGUCAAAAACAACUUAAGUGGGCAAAUGCUCCCAUUCGAUGGCCAAUGGCACGCUGGAGAAGUGUGCUCUUCACAGUGGGGUUAUGGUAUGGGCAGGAAUAAGCUACGGACAACAAACACGUUUGCAUUUUAUCGAUGGCAAUGUGAAUGCACAAAGAUACCUUGAUGAAAUCAUGAGGCCCAUUGUCGUGCCAUUCAUCCGCAACCAUCACCUCAUGUUUCAGCAUGAUAAUGCACGGCCCCAUGUCUCAAGGAUCUGUACACAAUCCCUGGAAGCUGAAAAUGCCCCAGUUCUUCCAUGGCCUGCAUACUCACCAGACAUGUCACCCAUUGAGCAUGUUUGGGAUGCUCUGGAUCGACGUGUACGACAGCGUGUUCCAGUUCCCGCCAAUAUCCAGCAACUUCGCACAGCCAUUGAAGAGGAGUGGGGCAACAUUCCACAGACUACAGUCAACAGCUUGAUCAACUCUAUGCGAAGGAGAUGUGUCGCACUGCAUGAGGCAAAUGGUGGUCACACCAGAUACUGACUGGUUUUCUGAUCCACACCACUACCUUUUUUAAGGUAUCUGUGACCAACAGAUACAUAUCUGUAUUCCCAGUCAUGUGAAAUCCAUAGAUUACGGCCUAAUGAAUUUAUUUAAAUUGACUGAUUUCCUUAUAUGAACUGUAACUCAGUAAAAUCUGUGAAAUUGUUGCAAGUUGCUUAUAUAUUUUUGUUCAGUGUAUAUAUUUUUGCUUGAAAUGGUCUAAUUGACUAAACAACCAAAAAUACAUAUUUAGGUUUAGCUUUCUUAUUGAAUCAGAAAAUGUAUAGUUUCUGGCUGUUUAUCAAAGUUAGCUAGCUAUUUUUCUAACAAAAAUGGUUAAAUUUUCACUGUAGAGGGUGUUUAUUCAUGUUAAAUCUUCGCUGUAGUGGGUGUUUAUUCAUGUUAAAUCUUCACUGUAGUGGGUGUUUAUUCAUGUUAAAUCUUCACUGUAGUGGGUGUUUUUCAUGUUAAAUCUUCACUGUAGUGGGUGUUUAUUCAUGUUAAAUCUUCACUGUAGUGGGUGUUUAUUCAUGUUAAAUAUUCACUGUAGAGGGUGUUUAUUCAUGACUUAGGAGUCUAAUAUAGAACUACAAGGUGCUAUUGUGUAUGUUCUGUAUAUAAUAUUAUAAAUUAAUCUUUCAGGAGUAUGAUGAUGUGGAUUCAGAGGGCAGCGAGGAGGGGAGAGACGACAUGCGGAGCUCUCUCUCUCUGGAGGAAGGAUACGGGGUGGAGAGAGGGGAGCGCUCAGGCCUGGGACGGGUCUACUUCUCCAACCAGGUAGCCUAGAAUAGAUACUGCUCCAUGCUCUUUGCACCUUCUGCCCUUUUUACUGUAAAUGUAUCCAUUCACUGUCUCUUCCUAAAUUUCCUCUAUAUAUAUUGUAGGCUAUACAUGUUGUUUAAUAAAACUGAUGUGAAAACAAAUUGCUGCGAUGGGAGAAUAAUGCCUGGUUCACACUAUCAUGUUAACCCAAACUUUAAUGUUCUGGCUUGGCAAUUUUAUCUUUACCUGACCCUUUCCAGCAUGGUUCCAGCUACUAUGGCUUGGUUUGGUUUGGCUUGCUAGUGUGAAAAGGGUCAAAAGAUUGUCUGAAUCAAAGGUUGGGAUUCUAUCUGAUCAGUGUGCGCUUGACAUAUAAGGUCAUUUCAGAUUGAGCCAACAUAUGCAGCGUUUACCAAGAAUGUGGUCUCUGCGAACCGUGGGAACAUUGCCUUUAAAAGGUGCAUAGCCGGGCGAUCGGAUUGAAUCCCGGGCCUAAAUGUGGGUGUUCCUCUUCCCCCACCAGGACUACUACCAGAGGCUGGAGCAGCUGAAGAGAACCCACCUGAGGAACAUGGCUGAGAUGGAGAAGAUGUACAUCUGUAAAAGGUCAAAGGUCAACAAGAAGGACGAUGAGGAGGAGUAUGAGGAGUAUGAGGAGGACGAGUGUUUGGAGAGGGAGGGCGGAGACAUACAGGAUCCCCAACCCAGGUCUGAUAUCAUGGCUUUUAGUACUGUACCCUUUGUUUAGUUAAGUAGUUGUAGGCAAUGUAACCGUGUGCUACCUAUUUAGAAGACAGAGAAAAAUAAAGUGUUUAUUGUACUGAAGCAAAAUAUAAAUGCAACAUGUAAAGUGUUGGUCCCAUGUUUCAUGAGCUGAAAUAAAAGAUCCCAGAAAUUGUCCAUAUGCACAAAAAGCUUAUUUCUCUCAAAUGUUGUGCACAAAUUUGUUUACAUCCCUGUUAGUGAGCAUUUCUCCUUUGCCAAGAUAAUCCAUCCACCUGACAGGUGUGGCAUAUCAAGAAAAUGAUUAAACAGCAUGAUCAUUACACAGUUGCACCUUGUGCUGGGGACAAUAAAAGGCCACUCUAAAAUGUGCAGUUUUGUCACACAACACAAUGCCACAGAUGUCUCAAGUUUUGAGGGAGCGUGCAAAUGGCAUGCUGAACUGCAGGAAUGUCCACCAGAGCUGUUGCCAGAGAAUUGAAUGUUAAUUUCUCUACCAUAAGCUGCCUCCAACGUCGUUUUAGAGAAUUUGGCAGUACAUCCAACGGCCUCACAACUGCAGACCACGUGUAACCACGCCAGCCCAGGAUGUCCACAUCCGGCUUCUUCACCUGAGGGAUCGUCUGAGACCAGCCACCCGGACAGCUGAUGAAACCAAGGAGUAUUUCUGUAUGUAAUAAAGCCCUUUUGUGGGGAAAAACUCAUUCUGAUUGGCUGGGUCUGGCUCUCAAGUGGGUGGGCCUAUGCCCUCCCAGGCCCACCCAUGGCUGCACCCCUGCCCAGUCAUGUGAAAUCCAUAGAUUAGGGCGUAAUGAAUUUAUUUCACUUGACUGAUUUCCUUAUAUGAACUGUAACUCAGUAAAAUCAUUGAAAUUGUUGCAUGUUGCGUUUAUAUUUUUGUUCAGUAUAGUUUUGGGGGAACAAAAACAUCAGUGUUUGUUUUUUGUGCUUUUGGAGAAGGUAUUUUAAUGUUUCAUACAUCAUAAGGGGGGCUUACUUUAACCGUGAUGUGCUUUAUACUUUCUUCAUGGUAGCAACAAUGAAAGCCAUGCUCAUCUUAAAUGAUGUUCAAUCUCUCCUGUCUCUCAGUGUGACGUCGGAAAGCCAGAGCUCUGGCUCCAUGCCAGUGAGGCGACUGCAGAGAAUCCUUUCAAACGAGGAGCUUAACUUCCACGAGGAGACGUCCAGCGAUGUGUCUGACCAAUCAGGAGACGUCGUUGGUGGAGACGGAGAAGAGGAGGAUAACCAUUUUGAACUGCUGCUGGAAGAGAGAGAAGGUCAGAGGGAAAAAGAGCCCUAA